AUGGCCGAUCACCUCUUGCACUCGUGCCCUAGGCGCUCCGCUCCGUGCCGGGAAGGGUGCGGGCAGAGCUUGGUCGUCAUGGAGGCCGAGCGGCACUACCAAGACCAUUGUCCCAAGCGGUUAGUGAUCUGCCCAUUAGGCUGCAGGGCGGAGAUGAGGCAGGAAAAACUCGGGGAGCACAUGGACGAGAAGUGCCCGUUUCGUAGCUCACCGUGCGAGGCGUGUGGAGUAUCUCUGCCGCUUGAGAGACACGCCAAACACCUCGCUGAAAGCUGUCCCAGGGUUCCCCGAAGCUGCACAAAUGGAUGCGGCUCUCGCGUACGGGGGGAAGACCUCCAGCACCACCUUUCCAAGGAAUGCCCGAAGAGAGUCGUACCGUGCCCACUGGGUUGCCCAGAAGACCAGCUCUGGGCCGAAGAGGUGUCGUCUCACUUGCGGGACAGCUGUCCGCUGCAGCGAGAGCCUUGCCGCCGGGGAUGCGGCGAACAGGUGGCGGUCUGCUCGAGGGAGCAGCACGAAGCGGCGGAGUGUUCGGAGAGACUCGUCAAGUGCGAAUGCGGGAUGGAACACCCCUUCUCCAAGACCGAAGAUCACAGGAUUACGGCGUGUCUCGCAGUGGUGUCCUACUGUUCUCUAGGGUGCGGGGUCAAGGUCCGCAAGAUGGACAUGGACCUUCACCAGGAAAAGCACUGCGAGCGCAAGACCCUGCGCACCUUGAGCAAGAUGAUCGACUGCCCCCUUGGUUGCGGGCACCUUAUUCUACGGCAGUGGGAGUUCCAGCACCGCACGUUCGACUGCCCCAAGCGGCCGGCGUUGUGCCCACGGGGGUGCUCCGCGAAAGUCGCGGCCGACGAGGUGGCUGCUCACUCGUUGACCUGCGGCCGGCGGCGAAUACGAUGCGGUGCGGAGAGCACCGGCUGCGAACGCAUGCUCCUCACCUGGUUGGGGCACACAGAUGCGUCUUUGAGGAGGAGACAAGAAGAAAACGCUUCAAACUUUCCACACGGAGCAGCUGAUGUAUUUGACAAAGGCGGGAAGAGUCUCGUGGCGUGCUCCGACCACGGUAGCGAUGCCCUCAUGUGGGCGGCGGGCAAGGGUGACUCGGAACACGCGCUGCUCGAAGAGAUUAUAUCGCUCUCCGGAGGAACUUCCGUCAACCGCGAAUCAUAUCACGGGGACACGGCACUAACGAUUGCCUGCUCCAGGGGUCACGUGCGGUCCGUUCGAACCCUGGUGAAAAUCGGACACGCGGAAGUCAACCAUGAAACCCGCGCCGGCAAGACUCCCCUGAUCGAGGCCGCGAGGCACGGCCGUACCGCCGUCGUGCGCGUCCUUAUGGAGUUCCGUGCGGUGAUCUCGUACAAGAACCGGCGCGGGCAGACGGCGACGUGGUGGGCCAACAGACUCGGACACCACGACUGCGCCUUGCUCAUGACGAGGGAGGUUAAGGCGGAGACCACACUGCGCCUCAUGUCGAGCCAGAUAGCGCGCGGGGACGUACAGGCCGUCCGAUCGCUCGUGGAAUUGGGCGAGCCGUACAUGGACAACCACCGCGAACACCUCGAAGCCGAGAUCGAACGGAUGGCGACAGAGCUCGAGGCUGCCUCUAAGAAACUCCGUGAACUUUCCACGUUGAAGGGGAAGCUGUCUCCGGAGCUUGAGCGACUCAAGGCAUCCCUCACCAAGGAUCUAGCUCGGCGGCGCAAGAUACAGCGGGAGGCCGCCAAGAGCACUCGAGCUGGCACCCGCGGCAGGAACUUGGAGAAUCAACUGGCGGUGUCUACAACCAGGUCGUCAGGGGUGGCGGUCAUCUCGUCGCGAUCGUUCCAGGCCAUGCAGAGCAGGGCGCUCCGCCUCUUCCAGCGGAGCGUAUCUCGCUUUCAGGCGCUCACCGAGGACGACUUCAAGAGAGUCGCAGACCUUAACCUGCUUCCGGAAGACGUAGGCGUGAGAAAGGUGGCCGUGGACAAAGCAGAGGAAGGUGAGAACGAGGGUGAGGCUCUAAAAAAGGCGGACUCUAAGGCUGAGGUGGACGAGGAAGCAGCUCCUACCGUACAGGAAGGAGACAGAGAAGAACACGCCGGUAUCGCAGAGGAGAAAGAGGCAGGGAGGAACCCUACCCCCAGCCUUUCCGCCGCCGCCUCCUCCUCCUCUUCCCGACGCCAGCUUUCUCUAGGGCAAAGCCGCAGCGGUAGUGACGCGGAGGCAGGGGAACUGGGUGUCAAGGAAGUGAAUCCGGCUUUAUCGCCGCCCUCUGCCACUGCUCCCGCGGCCGCAGUAGUUCUACGUGUGGUUAGAGCCACCGUGCUGGUGCUCGGUGGGUGCGGUCUUGGGGCUCUUCCUUCGGACAAGGAGCUGUGGGAAGCCGUCAAACCAAUGCUCUCUGACGGAAGCUUGCGCCACCGAGUCAGACACUUUGACCGGCGCAGCAUCCCCGUCGGGGUACUCAACGGAGUGCGAGCUCUGCUUAACAUCGGCAUCGACGGCAGCUCUGAAGGCAACGCGGAAGGAAACUCCGAACGGCGUGGCUCAGGCUGUCGUCUACCCGGGCCACUUGAUGACGCGCAUUCGCCCCCACACUCCGACAGGACUGUCACUCUUAGCGCGGACUCCACCUGCGAGCAGAGCGGCGGCGGGAACACCACCGAGAGUGCGUCGGCCAUCGAAGAAAACCACAGCGGCGGCGAAGAAACAGCCACUACCGUUGAUGGAAACAGAGCCGCACACGAGCUCAGCGCACAGCUGUCAAUAUACCACGGCGGAACCGACAACAGCAACGGCAGGGCCGACGCCAACCAUCGUAGAAACACGAAGAGCGUGACCCUGUGUGACACAACCAACACGCAGAUCUAUUCCCCGACCACCGACGACGGAGGCGGGCGCACCACCAACGACGACGACGACGGCGAGGACGACGGCGACAGUGACUACAGCGGUGCGGAUGAGGACCCAUGGGGAGACGGGUGCGGCGAAUCGAGGUGGGGACAACUGACAGUCAGGGGCACAGAUAUCGGUACCAGCCACACAGGUGGUGGUGCUGGUGCUGAGUUGGCCCUUGUCCGGGCUCUCGGGUCAUGGUGCGCUUCGGUGUCGGCAUACGAUAGGCUGGCACACCUUCCGCCUGGAAGCGCCGCGCGACGGGCAGCGGAGGCCGAGACGGAAUGGGACGAGCUGGAGAGACGCAUCGCUAGGUCAAGGUUGGACGUGCAGCUGGAAGAAUUUAGCCUCCAAGUGCUUACGGAAGAAAUCGCCGGCGCUACCACAUCCGCGGAGUACCUGACCCAGAAACGAGCGUGGGUCGAAGACAGACUGGGGGUAGCGCGCCUCUUAUCCCUCUUCUCGCCGGCGGGGCACUCGCUGGUUUCCUGGGCGGCAGCGUGCGGACAGACGGAGAUUGUCGAGAUCCUGAUGAGUCACGGUGCGACUGCGGAGCUCGGCGACGAAACCCGAGCCGUUUCCGCCUCGAUCAUACAGUUAUUCUAUCGAUUCCGGAGGUACCUCCGUCAAACAUCAUCAACAGCUGCAGCUGCAGCACCCAACCCUGCGACUACAGAACACAACCUACGAAAUAGCUGCAGCAGUGGCAACAGCAGCGACGAAGACGGUGGUCAUGCGGGGGCGGCCACGCCCGGCACAAGGAAAGGGGCAGAGGCGGUGCCACAUGGGGAGGGGCGGCACCCUUCUUUGACGAGCCGGCGAAUGGAGUACGUGAUAGAGAUGAUGGGUAGACAGGCCACCUUGGCACGGCUGAGGAAGAGCCGACGGCUGCCUCUCACCGAGGCCGCGUACAACGGACAUCACGAAGUGUUACAGUUCUUCCGCCUUCGCCGCACACCCCUUUACGGUGCGUCGCGUACGUGGCUGUAUCCUAGAGCACCCCCACCUUUCGCACCUCUGGGGGAUGGGACCUCCGAAAACUACAAGCUGGAGGCUCCCAUGAGCGUCGCCGAGUGCGCGAAGGCCGGCACGCGAGACAGGGGAUGCAAGGAGCGCAUCCCGGGGAGAGGGUGGGUCGGGGAAACGGACAUGGAAAACCACUUCGCGGUGACGGAGAGGGUCGCGGGAGCCGUGUGGAGAGAGAUCACGACCGUGGCGGCGAUGGGGAGAGAAGAGAAGGGCAGGCGGCGGGCUUUGCGCAUUAAGAUGAGGAAGCAGGAGGACCUAAUAAAAGCCAUGGACGCUGCCAUCGAGGAUGGCUAUCUUAAGGCGCCUGAGGUUAUUGCUCUGUGCCAGGAAGGGGCUUCGAUCGACAGAGAGACGGAGAACGGCUGCACGGCUCUCAUCAUCGCCGCCGAGGAAGACCCUCACGCUCCGAACCACACUUGGGUCAGGAACGAGGAGGGGUGGGAGGUGUUGGCGGCCGCCCUGCUCUUGGAUCGGCGAAUUCACCGCCCGAAAAUCGACUACGAGUCGAAGGUGACGGGACACACAGCGCUUACCCGCGCCUGUGCCCUGGGUCGUCUUGAGACCGCCGAGGUCCUCCUCGAUCGCGGCGCCGACAUAAACCGCCGCCCCAAACGCCGCCCGAUAACGCCCCUGCCACCUCUACGCCAAACCCCGCGGCAACGCCGACCGGGAUCCCCGCCAUCACUAGCCACCCUCCCUUCUUCGUCGGUAUCGCGAGCGGCCGCCGCGGCGGUGGAGCUGCGAGAGCGAUUCUGCCGGCCACCUCUCGUGGCCGCCGCUGCCGCUGGGCACGCUUCGAUGGUGAGGCUCCUGCUCGACCGCGGGGCUGAUCCGGCGGUGGCGGACGGGAACGGCGACACGGCGGCGGAUGUAGCCAAGAGGAGGGCGUUUGUUGACGUGCAGGGAGAGCUCGCUCGGAAAGAUGCUGGGUACUUCGGAGUCGCGGCAGGGCAGCGCGGGGCGGCCAAUCCCCUCGUUCCGUGCUGCUGGGGGUGCGGCAAGCUGGUGGAGACGGGCCACCGCAAGAUCGAACACGAGCAAGAAUGUGCCCAUCGGGAGGUUGAGUGCAACUACAAGUGCGGCGCGUAUCGCCUCCAGCACCGGGAGCUGGCACGCCACCUUGCGGAGUCGUGCCGCCUUCGCCCCGUCGUAUGCAGCACGCGUUGCGGGGUUUCUGUCGUCGCUGAGGACUAUGCGAAUCACCAGGCGACUACUUGCCCGAUGCGACCUGUCGUUUGCAAGGCUUGCAAGAAUAAGGUAGUGGCGUCGGCUCUUUCGAGACACGAAGCGGAAACGUGCCCCAUGAGGAUGGUGGAGUGCGAACAAGGCUGUGGGGAAAAGGUUCCCGUGUCAGGCAUAUCCCGCCAUCUCGCCAAGACCUGUUCUCUCAUGUGCGUGACGUGCCGGCUGGGCUGCGGGCAGUCGAUGAGCCUCAAGAUGCUGGCGGAGCACGAGAAAUCCCUGUGCAGCGAGAGGUUUGUGAAGUGCAGAUGGGGCUGCUCCGAGGACGUCAAGGCCAAGCACAUCGACGACCACGAAAAGUUCGAGUGCAAGCACGCGGACGCCCCAUGCGGAAACCGGUGCGGGUUGUACCUGCCCCUCGGCGACAUGAAGCGACACUACGCCGACUCGUGCGCGCACCGCUUCGUGCCGUGCGGCCUUGGCUGCGGGUAUCGGGUUAGGGCGAAGGACUUGCCCUUCCACGAGAGCAACGAGUGCGAGUCUCGCCUCAUCUCGUGCCCGUCUGGGUGUGGCGGCGGCGGCAGCGGUGGCGGCGGCAACGACGAGAACAAGAGCGGCACCGCCACCGCCACCGCCACCGCCGUGUUUCCGGCUCGCGCUUUGGAGGUGCACAUGAUGUACGGCUGCGCCCUCCGCUUGGUGAAGUGCGCGGCGUGCGGUGACGAGGUGACGGCGAAAGACCUGGAUUCUCACAAGAAGGACACAUGCAGGCGGCGCCUGAUUGCAUGUGGGAACGACGGCUGCUUCCUACAGCUUCCGUCAGAAGACAUGGUUGCCCACCGGGAAAAAGAGUGUUCUCGUCGACGAGUAUGGUGCCUCCAGGGCUGUGGAGAGGAGAUGCGCGCCGACGAGCGGCGCCGACACCAUGCCAUGGCCUGCUCGAUGCGGUACAUUCCGUGCCCGUUGGGCUGCCCCAAGAAGGUUCGGGUGUCAGAAGUUGACGAUCACGUCGACUUCCUUUGCGUCAGGAGGCACAUGGCGUAG